CUGCCCGCAAAAGGCAAACGGCAGAGCAGGUGCCGGGCUUUCCCAGUCGGAAGGUCUACUCUAGUAGUCGGGGCAGGGGCGAAGAGAAGAGUAUUUGGGAGAGGAGACAAAGAGGGGUUGAGGAUGGGAUGAGAAGCCCAAGAGUUCCAUGGCCUCCACUUCCCGCCGCCAACGCCGAGAGCGUCGCUUCCGUCGUUACUUGUCUGCAGGUCGGCUGGUCCGGGCCCAGGCCCUCCUCCAGCGACACCCAGGCCUUGAUGUAGAUGCUGGGCAGCCCCCGCCACUGCACCGGGCCUGUGCCCGCCACAAUGCCCCCGCCUUGUGCCUGCUUCUUCGGCUUGGGGCUGACCCUGCCCACCAGGACCGCCACGGGGACACGGCGCUGCACGCUGCUGCCCGCCAGGGCCCUGAUGCCUACACGGACUUCUUCCUGCCACUGCUGAGUCGCUGUCCGUCUGCCAUGGGAAUCAAGAAUAAGGAUGGGGAGACCCCGGGGCAAAUUCUGGGCUGGGGACCCCCCUGGGAUUCUGCUGAUGAGGAGGAAGAAGAUGAGACCUCCAGGGAGCGCGAAUGGAGGCAGAAGCUGCAGGGAGAGCUGGAAGACGAGUGGCAGGAGGUCAUGGGCAGGUUUGCAGACGACGCUUCCCAAGAGGCCCAGGAACCCGAGUCCUUCGCAGCCUGGUCAGAUCGCCUGGCCCGGGAACAUGCCCAGAAGCGCCAGCGGCAGCAGCAUGGAGCAGGGGGAGCCUGCCGACCCCCACAGGCUGAGGGCUCCAGUCACAGCUGGCGGCAGCAGGAGGAGGAGCAGCGCCUCUUUCGAGAGCGAGCCAGGGCCAAGGAGGAGGAACUGCGUGAGAGCCGAGCCAGGAGGGAGCAGGAGGCUUCCUCGGACCCAGGGCUGGAGCCCAGGGCUGGGCCCAGGGCAGAGCCCCCCAGAGGAGCAGCCAGGGGCAGCCUCUGGCGCUUUGGCGAUGUGCCCUGGCCCUGCCCUGGGGGAGGGGACCCGGAGGCCAUGGCUGCAGCCCUGGUGGCGAGGGGCCCCCCCUUGGAGGAGCAGGGGGCUCUGAGGAGGUACUUGAGAGUCCAGCAGGUUCGCUGGCAUCCUGACCGUUUCCUACAGCGCUUCCGAAGCCAGAUUGAGACCUGGGAGCUGGGCCGCGUUAUGGGAGCUGUGACAGCCCUUUCACAGGCCCUGAAUCGCCAUGCGGAGGCCCUCAAGUGACUUCAGGGACAGGGUGAGAAAGGCGGGGAAUGCAGCCUUGGGGCAGGGCAGUAGGAAGGGCAGGGUCCAAAUGGGGAAGAAGAAGAGAAUGACAAGGGGACCCGCUGCCCUGCAGAGGAUAUGUGGUGGGAGUGAAACUUGUGAUGAGCGGGGUGGCGAGGGAAGGACCAGCCACCACCACUGCUCCUUCCUAGUAAGACCUGCCACUUCCUAAUAAGACCUGGUUCCUCAGCUCCUAGCGUCUCCUCUGCCUUUUUCCAUUGCUGUGGUUUUCAUCACCCAUGACAUCUCCUUUCCCGCCCCGCCUGCCAGAACCCACAGCUCCUACACACCUGUGACACGCACGCACACACUGCCAUGUGCCCUCAGCAGCCCCCGCUUGCCACGAAGGCCCAGUUUGCCCUCUAGUCUCUCUCUACUCCCUAUGCUGGGCUCCCCUCCAUUCUGCAAUCUGUGGCUGGAGAGAGAAAUGUGAACAGAGGCAAAAAAGGGAACAAAACCAGUUUCCCUCCCCGCCCCGCUCCCCUGUCAGAACCACAUCCUCCUCCCCACUUAACACCCCCUUCCCCCAACACAGGGCUUUCCCUUUGCUGAGUCACUGAAUGAUCUGAGUUGGGGGCAGCUGGAGCUGGGGGGGCCACAGGAGGUUGUGGGAGGUCAGGGGUGGAAGCAGAAUGGAUGCAGCAAAAGCCCUGUGAGGGAGUAGAAUCUCGGUUGCUAAAAUUAGGAGCAGGGGAAGUAGGUGGAAAGGGCCAAAUUAUGUAACCUGGGUUGUCUGUUCUUGGGCAACCAGGGAUCCACACCCCAGGCCAUCACUCCCCUCUAGCUUCUCAGUCCUAUCUCUCCUCCAGGGCCCUGAGGCAUAGAGCAAAGAAAUAAAAUGGAGUCACUAUAGUUGAGCAGCUAAAUGACUAAAAUCAAGUAGGUUGAGGUAUGAAGACACAAUUCUAUUGUUGGUUUAACUAGCUUGGGAACAUAAACUUUGAAUCUUCCAGUCCUGUGUCAAUGCCUGGGCGUACAUCAGCCCUCCAGAUAACCCUGAUUACCCUCGAAGGACUCCAUAUACGUUCACCUGACGUCCAUUAACCAGACCACUGGGUAAAACCAGACCAGGUGCUCAUCUUCCAGACCACCUGGCAUCUGUCAUCCAGACUGCCCGGCAUCUGACUGAUACUGUCCUGGACCAAUCCGGAGGCUAAGGACGCAGGACUGAUUAUUCUCAAGAAUGCACUUUUUACUAUAAGAACUCUUAACCUUUCUUUGGAACACUUUGGGUUUUUGCCUAGUGUGAUUUCCGUUGGCAAACCCUAAAACCCUUGAAUAAAUCUUUAUCAUUUGUUUCUAACCAAA